CUCCAACGAAGCAGAAACAGAAGAAGUAGAAGAAGUCGCACCACUGAAGAAGAGCGCUUUGUUGGAGGACGGCUUCUUGAGUCGCGGCUUUACUACUUUUAGUCCUCGUUCAUUUUAAUUGUGGCGACAUCCAGCCCGACGGAUUUCAGCUGUAACGUUUGCCAAAUAGUUAACGAGUAAUUCACCGACGAUAUCUUUUACUCAGUGAACCACCUAAGCGUCAUUUUUAUCGUUUUUUCGGCCGGUGGGAGACCAGUUUAGCCAGCGUGCUAACUUCCUUAGCUAGCUCACUGUUUAUUGUUAGCUAGUUGUGUGCUAACAUGUCUAGCAGUUGCGGAGGUGGAGGUGGAGGUGUUGUUCGAGGACCAGCAGGGAAUAACGACUGUCGGAUAUACGUGGGAAAUCUCCCGCCUGAUAUUCGCUCAAAGGAUGUCGAAGACUUAUUUUACAAAUAUGGAGCCAUCCGCGACAUUGAUCUGAAAAACCGAAGAGGUGGACCGCCGUUUGCCUUCGUGCAGUUCGAGGACCCGAGGGAUUCUGAGGAUGCUGUCUCCGGCCGUGAUGGCUAUGACUACGAUGGCUACCGCCUGCGUGUUGAGUUUCCUAGAAGUGGACGGGGAGGAGGAGGAGGAGGAGGUGGUGGUGGAGGUGGUGGACCAAUGGGACAACAGAGGGGAAGGCAUGGCCCCCCUUCCCGACGCUCAGAGUACAGGGUUCUUGUGUCAGGUCUUCCAUCCAGUGGAAGCUGGCAGGACCUGAAGGAUCACAUGCGGGAGGCAGGUGAUGUAUGUUAUGCUGAUGUGUACCGUGAUGGCACCGGGGUAGUUGAGUUUGUACGCAAAGAAGACAUGUCCUACGCUGUCCGUGAAUUGGACAACACCAAGUUUCGCUCUCAUGAGGGAGAGACGGCCUACAUUCGUGUGAAGGUGGACGGUCCUCGCAGCCCCAGCUAUGGUCGUUCUCGCUCUCGCUCUCGUUCUCGUAGCCGAAGCCGCAGCAAGAGUGGGUCACGUCGCAGCAGAGGUUCUCCACGUUACUCUCCCCGCCGUUCCCACUCCCGCACCUAGAUCCACCCUAACGAAAGCAAUGGUGUGCCUCAGAGCCAGAGAGGGAAUCUUCACAUCGCUCAUCAAAAUCUCGUAUACUCACCACGGAUCAUCUCAUGUUACCUGUUUACACUGUCUUCUUGUGUGUUCCCUAUUCCCCCACUUUUUGUUGCAGUUUUCUUUUUUUAGUUUUCAUUUUUGUACACAGCCCCGUCUCACUCUGUCUUCCUUUUCCCCUUCUCGCCAUCAAUUUCUGCAAACCAUCUCUCACCCCUUCCUAUACUUUUUCUUCUGCUUGUCCUCGUACGCUUUGUUUCGUUUGGAAAGAUUUAACUUCUUUUUAAGCAUAUACUACUGUGCUUUGACCCUCUUGUGUGUCUCUCUGUAGAGUUCAGAGGAACAGGAUAGGAUGGGAACAGAGGAAACAGUUCAUAUUAAGAUAAACAGGAGGAGGAGUCAAAUAUGGCACCAAUGGUAUGAUGGCUGUGCCUUGUCAACUGUGAAAUCUGCAUUAUAAGGCUGUUCAGUUUGUUUUCCAUACACAUGACAAUAGAGUGCCGUUGUUGAAUGUUUUAAGUUGUAACAAGUUCUGUAUACCACUUUGUAUUUGGAGACCCAAAGCUUGUUUUUGUUCUUUUUUGCAUUUGCUUGUCUUUUAAUCUCCAAAGUAAAUCUUAGUUGUUUAGUUGUUUGGGACUGAUUCUAGAGGGUGUUCCCUGUUUUUUCUCAAAGUAAACUCCCUCGUAGAUGCAUUUAUUGACAUUAUUUUAGUAUUUUCUGAAGGUGUGAUUCUAACUUGCCUCCUUCUCUUUGGUUCUGCUGGUAUUCUGAAGGUUUGGACUGGGCUCAUUGUCCCCCCAUUCCGGAGCUGGAUCAGGAUUCAGGAUCAGAUCAGGAUUAGGAUUAGGCUUCAGGAUGGAUACAUGGAUCAGGAGCAUGGGAGCAUUUUACCAGGAGAGGAUCCUGACCCCCGGCCCUGUCACAUAACCCCAUCAAACUGGAAAUAGGGAAAUAUUCAAACUAAAUUGGCUUUCAAAUGAUCCAAAUUAAUUUUUUUUUCCAUAUUGUGUGGGACCUCAGAGACACAAUUACUGACGGCACUGUGACAAGCGAUUAUUUUUCAGAUUUUUGUUUUUCAAAAUUCUAAAAAAGAAGAGCAAAGCUCAGCUCAAAACCAGGAGGAGGGCUGGGAGGUGCAGGAUGGAUCCACACGCUUAAGGAGAGUGGUAAAUAGUGGGCGACCAUUAACAGCGGAGGAAGGGGGAAAGGGGAGGACUGGGACGCGACAAGGGAAUGUGACCUUAAUGUGGUUUGUAUCUUUUUCUUAGGUCAGUCUUUUGCUGCAGAGGAUGAUUUCUGAUUUUCUUAAGUAUAAUCUCCAGUACCCUAAAGCUUUAUUCUCUUUUAAUAAAACUUUCAAUAACAUAA